CGGCGGCCGCGGUGCCCGCCCGCGGCGCGGCGCAUGCGCGCUGGCGCGGCGGCCGGGGGCGGCGAAGCCGUGUGGAAGGGGGCGGCGGCACUGUAACGGGAAGGGCGGCGCGCCGCGGCGGCGCCUGUUUCCUCCGGCGGCUGAGGCGGUCGGGGCCGGGCCGCGCUCGCCGGGGGCUGGGGCGGCGGCGGGAUGAUGAUGGCGUACUUCGCGGAGAGCUUCUGGGGGGAAAGGAACAAUGGCUUUGACGUCCUAUAUCACAACAUGAAACAUGGACAUUUGUCAACAAAAGAAUUAGCAGACUUUAUUAGAGAAAGGGCUACAAUAGAGGAGGCAUAUUCAAGGUCAAUGACAAAACUAGCCAAAUCAGCAAGCAAUUACACACAGCUUGGGACAUUUGCACCUGUUUGGGAUGUUUUCAAAACCUCAACAGAAAAACUAGCAAGCUGUCACUUGGAUCUUGUACGAAGAUUACAAGAGCUAAUAAAAGAAGUUCACAAGUAUGGAGAUGAACAAAUCAAAGCUUAUAAAAAGACUAAAGAAGAAGUUUCAGGAACAUUGGAAGCAGUGCAAAGUAUUCAAAGUAUCACUCAGGCCUUACAGAAGUCAAAGGAAAACUACAACACAAAGUGUGUCGAACAAGAACGAUUGAAAAAGGAAGGUGCAACACAGAGAGAGGUUGAUAAGGCAGCAGUUAAAUUGAAAAAAGCUACAGAUACCUAUAAACUAUAUGUGGAGAAAUACGCUGCGGUUAAAUCUGAUUUUGAACAGAAAAUGACAGAAACUGCACGGAAAUUUCAAGACAUCGAAGAAACACACCUUCUUCAUAUGAAAGAGAUUAUAGAAUCGUUGUCAAAUACUAUAAAAGAAAUUCAUUUACAAAUAGGAGAGGUGCAUGAAGAGUUUAUUAAUAACAUGACAAAUACUACAGUUGAGAGUUUAAUACAGAAAUUUGCUGAGUCAAAAGGAACUGGCAAAGAACGACCUGGUCCUAUUGAAUUUGAGGAAUGUAACACAUCUACUGCAGUUGAAGGGAUAAAACCACGGAAGAGAAAACCUUUUGGUUUAUCAGGAAUAAUGAAAAAAGAAAAAGAUACUGAAUGUGUGGAAUGUCCAGAUGCAGACUCAGUUAAUAUUCCUGAUGUAGAUGAUGAAGGAUACAGCAUUAAGCCAGAAGCAACACAGAAUACCAAAGAGAACCAUUUCUAUUCAUCCAGUGAUUCUGACUCUGAAGAUGAUGAACCCAGGAGGUUCCAUGUAGAAAUAAAACCUGUACAGCCAAAUCAUAGCUCUCAAUGCACAAUGGCUUCCUUGGAUGAAUUAAAAGUAUCUAUAGGGAACAUCGCUCUUUCUCCAGCAGUAUCUCAGAGACACAGUCCUGCACAAAUGAAUCGAAAUUCAUCCAGUGAAGAGUUAACAAAAUCAAAGCUUUCUGCUCCAACUAAUGAAAAGGGGAACAGUGACCUACUGGCAUGGGAUCCACUCUUUAGCAGCUCUCUUGAAUCUUCUUCUUCAGCCUCCUUGGCGUCCUCAUCCUCCUCAGCUACACUAAAAGAGCACGAUAGGACGUCGUCCUCACCUACCAUUGAUUUGCCUGGGUGUAGAGUGUCUCAGUCUUUGCUUGGACACCAAACAGAGUCUGGGUCUAGAAGCCCAUCAUCACCAGACUUUACCACUAGCGCUUUGUGCAAAUCUGGUGUUACAGCAGCACCAUCAGGGAGUACCAAUACUUUGUCCUCUGUUUCAUGGUCUCAGAGUCAGUGGAUUUCUUUUGCUGAUGAACUUCUUACAAUUAGACACACAAACGCAGACAAGAAGGAGCCCCAGAGAUUGCAUUUAAAAACUGAAAAUGCCUGCCUUGCCUCUUCUGCUUUGCUUGGGAAUUCUUCCAAGAGCUGUGCUUCUGAGGAUCAAAGUGACCUUUUCAAUAAUACUAUAUGCCAUGAAAAAUUAUUCAUUGAAGAAACUGGCACUGCUGCUGAAAUUUCUUCCACAUCAUCUUCAACGCUACUGGACUAUAGCUUAGUGUCUUCUUGUGUUCAUACAAAUAAGGCAAGGCCCACAACUCCUCUUUCUGUAGGCACAAUUGUACCCCCUCCAAGGCCUGCUUCGAGACCAAAGUUGGCUACAGCGAAACUUAGUGGAAUUAAUGAAAUACCUAGGCCAUUCAGCCCUCCACUGACGUCUAAUUCAAGUCCACCACCUGCAGCUCCCUUGGCACGUGCAGAGAGCAUUUCCUCAAUAUCCUCUUCUGCUUCCCUAAGUGCAGCAAACACACCUACAGUUGGUGUUUCACGUGGUCCCAGCCCUGUCAGCCUUGGAAACCAGGACACCUUGCCUGUUGCAGUAGCCCUUACUGAAUCUGUUAACGCCUACUUUAAAGGAGCAGAUCCCACAAAAUGUAUUGUGAAGAUCACUGGUGAUAUGACAGUAUCAUUCCCAAGUGGAAUUAUUAAAGUCUUCACCAGCAACCCAUCCCCAGCUGUGCUGUGCUUCAGGGUAAAAAACACAAGCAAGCUAGAGCAGAUUCUUCCAAAUGCACAACUUGUAUACAGUGAUCAAUCACAAAGUGACUCCAGUACUAAGGAUUUCUGGAUGAACAUGCAAGCUAUAACUGUCUACCUCAAGAAACUAUCAGAGCAGAAUCCAUCUGCGUCCUAUUAUAAUGUGGAUGUUUUAAAGUAUCAGGUAUCUUCAAAUGGCAUCCAGUCCACUCCAUUGAAUCUUGCAACUUACUGGAAAUGUAAUGCUAGCACUACUGAUGUGAGAGUGGAUUAUAAAUACAACCCCGAGUCUAUGACUGUGCCCAGUACGCUGUCUAACGUACAGGUUGUGGUACCAGUAGAUGGAGGAGUAACAAACAUGCAAUCACUUCCACCUGCAAAAUGGAAUGCAGACCAGAUGAAAGCUUAUUGGAAAAUAUCUAGCAUUUCAGAAAAGUCUGAGAAUGGAGGUUCUGGAUCCCUCAGGGCAAAAUUUGAACUUUCAGAAGGACCCAGUAAACCAGCAACACUUGCAGUGCAAUUCAUUAGUGAAGGAAGCACCCUUUCAGGAGUAGAUGUAGAGCUAGCAGGCACUGGCUAUCGGCUUUCCCUGCUCAAGAAGAGAUUUGCCACUGGACGGUAUAUGGCAGACUGCUGAUGAACCUGUGAAAGUCAUUGGAUCAAAGGAGUGCAAGUAGCUCACUCUGCCCUCUCUACUUUUCAAACACUAUUUUAACAUGCAUUAAUUUUUAAAUUUUUUACUUACUUUGAGGCUGACUACAGAACAGAAAAUGCACUUUUAAAAGUCAUUUUGCAAACUUUUUAUUACUUUAUAAUAGCACUGAAGUGAACUUCAACACUGUCUGUAAAUGAUCAACUGCAAUAUUUGGGAGAAUUUGUUAAAAUUUUAGUAAAUUUAUAUAGAUUAAAUCAAAAUAGUAAUCAUUAGUUCUAAUGAAAGUAUGAAAUUGUAUGUUAUACUGUAAACGUAAACCUAAAAAUGUAGAAGAGCAAGCAAGAAAUAUUUGAGCUUUCCAUAAGUAAUACUCAGUCAUUUUUCAGAUUCUUUAACUGCCAAUGUUUAAAGAAAACAAAGGCAAAAUCUCACAAAAUUCUUCCAUUUACUCAAUGUGCCAUAAAACUGGUUGAGUUAGAGAUGUAUAAAAAAAACUUGAUGCCCAUGUAUCAUAUAUUAAUAACAUGUAAGUUGUUUUACAUAGGGGAUUUUUUUUCCUAAGUGCAAUGUGUUGCAAAAUUGCAAAAGACAGAAGAGAUUUACUUCUGCAGUUAGUAAACUUUAUGGGCGUUGUGAUUGUUUGAAUUAAUGCUGUAGAUUUAAUUUAUUUUUAUAUGAAUUGCAUAACGUUUGUGCCUUUAAAAAAAAACAAAACUGUGCCUAUCCAGUUUGUUAUUCAUGUGCCUCACUUCCUUUUUCAGAGUUUGGCUCUUCCAUAAAAGAAAGCAUGGUGUUUGUAUAAUACAUACAACUUUUAUAAAAAUUCCUGUGACUGGGAUUUAGAAGGGAAAUUUAUGAUAACUGGAGAUUGUUUCAUCAGAGGUUAAAAAGGCUGAAUUACUUCCUCAUGGGGUAAUUGCAAUAAAUGCAGCCAUAGUAAAGGGAGACGCAUCAUACAAGACUUUGAAACUUCAAUAUAGUAACUUUAACGUCACCAAAGAUGAGAAUCCUGAAAAAUCACAGAAGACUAGUAAUAUCAAACUUUUAAAAGCAAACAGCAUUUCCCUUCACUCUGACUGUAAGUCUUUGGAGCUUACGUGCUUUUGGGGUUGUGUGAUGUGAAUGUAAAUGUAGUACUUUGGGAGGAAUAGCAUUUUAGAAAAGUAUGUUUUGGCAGCAGGAUGACAAGUACUGCCAUUUGUAUUAAUUUAAAUUUUAUCUAUAACCAUCAAGUUAAUUAUUUGUAUUGUCAUCUAUCUGCUUUCCACAGCCUAAGCACAAGGAAGUGACACAUUGGUAACAUUUUUUAAAGCAAGUCACUAAUUUAGAAAGUCUUUUAUGUAUUUGUACUAUUAUUUUUUCAGUGCAGAAAUCAAAAGUAUUGGGGCAAAACAAUCUAAUAACCUCUAAAUGGGAAUUUUAUAUUACCAUUCUGAGGACCAGUAUCUAUUUCAAAUUCUCUAUUAAAACAACAAAACUUGCUUGAACUAAUUCAUACAAAACCAGUAAUGAAUCGGGCUGUUGAAGCUUUACAAAAAAAAAAAAAAAGCUUUGUAGAGGCUAUGUAAAUUCUAAUGUACACCAUACACUUUGGCAGAUGAGAUUUCCAUUGUUAGCACUAAGCACAUGCUGUACUGUAGAUCUGACUGGAAGAGUACGUACGGCUCUUAAUUUGCUAAUCUUUUUGAAUGGUGAAAAUAACGUUUCUAACUCAUAAAAUGGUACAGUCUUUACUGGAAUCUUAAUUGUAAUCUGCUUUGCAAUCAAACUGUGUUUAACACGGCAACAUCUUAUUUCUGAAAACCCAAAACUAUAUUAUUGUUUCUAAUCAAGUAUUACUUUCAUUUCUAAGUUAAAUGAAGUAGUUAUGUUUCAGCACUUUUAAACUAGCCUUCAUUCAGGUGAUUAAACAUACAUUUGCAUUGGGUGCAGGUUACAAUUUUGAAGCCAUACAAGUUUAUAUAAACUUUUUGUAAAGAAAGUCAAAAACAAUGUAAAAAGUACAUGUAGCUAUCUGAUGAAAAAAAUGUAUGUAGCAAGCUGGUUCUUGCUUGUGUAUACAGCAAUAUCAUUUGUAGCUGCCUCCUCUUAAGAAAAUUAACUUGUAAACACAACUCUAAAGGAUCUGAAUUUUUAUGGAUUGUUACUACAUCAGACUGUAAAUUAGAACAUACAAGUUUAUCUUACAAAAUUGUAAAUACUUCUGAUUUUUCAUAAAAUGUAAAUUUUAAAGAAUUUUGCACCCAUAAUAAACAUGUAAUAUAUAAUUUAAA